CUCUCUCUCUCACGUGGCUAGUACAGGAAGUUGUUGAGGAAAUUCCUUCCGGGAGUGAUGAGAAGGAAGCUGCCGGGAGAGAGAAGCAUGAGCCUGGAGCCGAAGAGACUGAAGGUGGAGGAGGAGGAGGCUCUGCUGCCACAUUUCCUCCAGUGGUGCCAGAAGGUUGUCAUCCAGCUGAACCCGAAGGUAUACAUGAGCAAGCAGGACGCGGUCUCGCAGUAUGGGAUGCUGACACGUGAGGAUCUUCCUGCAGGAGAAGUCAUCUUCUCCAUCCCCCGCUCCGCCCUCCUGUCCCAGCACACUACCCGGAUCCGGGCUCUUCUGGAGGAAGAACAUGAGCGACUGGACAGCAAAUCAGGUUGGGUGCCCCUUCUCAUCUCCCUCAUGUAUGAAGCCACAGAUGAGUCUUCUCCAUGGGCCCCAUACUUCGGGCUGUGGCCCCAGCUGAAUCCCCCUGACCUGCCCAUGUUUUGGUCGGAGGAGGAGAGGCUGCGACUGCUUAAAGGCACUGGUGUGAACGAGGCCGUGCAAAAAGACCUGGAGAACAUUGAGGAGGAAUACCGUACUAUAGUGCUGCCAUUCAUCAGGAGGCACCCUACAAUGUUCUGUCCUCACAGGCACUCCCUGGAUUUGUACAAAAGGCUGGUGGCCUUUGUCAUGGCGUACAGCUUCCAGGACCAACUGGCUGAUGAAGAUGAUGAUGAUGAUUGUGGGAAGGAAGUUAACCCGCCAGUGAUGGUUCCAGUGGCAGAUUUACUGAAUCACGUGGCGCAGCACAACGCACAUUUGGAGUUCACCCCGGAAUGCCUGCGGAUGGUGACCACGCGGACGGUGGCGGCAGGACAGGAGCUGUUCAACACCUAUGGAGAGAUGGCGAACUGGCAGCUACUGCACAUGUACGGCUUCUCCGAGCCGCACCCCAACAACAGCAACGAGGCCGCCGACAUCUACAUGCUGACCCUACAACAGGCAGCUCUGCUGGGUGCGGAGUCAGAAGAGGAGAAGGCGCGUGUGCAAGAGCGCUGGGAUGUCCUCUGUCAGAUGGACAUGGUCGGGGAGGAAGGAGCGUUUGUAUUUGGCUGUGAUGGAGCACUGACUGAGGAGGAGCUGAGGAUGUCCCUGAAGGUGCUGUGCAUGUCUCCGGAGGAGUUUGAUGAGUACAAGGAGAAUGAAGGCUGGGAGGAUGAUGAUGAGGAGGAGGAGACGCUGAGUAAUCAGGAGAUCUCACAGCUGCCACCCUCCUGGCGGAGACUGCUCCACUUAAGUGCAGAACUCGCCCUCAGGGGGUUCGCCAGUGACCUGGGCAGUGACCAGGCUCUUCUAGAAAAUGAAGCUGUAUACACGAAGCUCAGCCACAGGGAGCAGUAUUCCCUCCAUGUGCGGUAUGGACAGAAGCGGAUAUUACACCAACUGCUGGAGCUAACGGCAAGCACGCUGUGAGAAAGACCCCCUUACAGCGGAGACAUAAUAUAGAAAUAUCUGCGGUGAUGUCAUCUCCUGUAUCAGACAUCUUGGAGUUUUUCUUAGCCCUCCAGCAGGGGCAGUACAUACAGGGAGGAGUGGUACAGUACUGAUGGCCAGGGCCGCAUUAAAUUAUACAGACAUGAGAAGGAACCGGAGAACUUUCUAGAAAUCUUUAUUGUACAUACAGGCUGUGCCGAGGGGCCACUGCUCAGUGGAGUGGGAUGGACAUGACUUUAUUACCGCAUUUACAGUAAAUUUCAUCUGCAUAGAAACGGGUCAGAACCUCACAGUCUUCAAACUCGUCCACAACCUUCUGCAGUGGAGGAAAAAAGGGAAUAUUAGGUUGUCAGCCAGCCUGUAGGUCUGAAAGGUAGUCAGAGCCCCCCACCCAUCUGCUACUGCUGACAACCAGCCUGUAGGUCAUGUCUGAAAGGUAGUCAGAGCCCCCCACCCAUCUGCUACUGCUGACAACCAGCCUCUAGGUCAUGUCUGAAACCUACGUCGUGGGCAGGAUGUGUUUUUGGAGCAUAAAACCAAUUUAAUAAAGUUGAAAUCCAUGUAAAAAAUAGAUAACGCGUUUCGGAGGCGGUCUGUUCUUUCCUCAGAUACAAAGACACUAUCGGGGCAGGUGGGAACCCAAACAUGAGACGGCAACAUUUCAAUAUAGGAGCCAAAAAGAAAAGGAUGGGGGCUGUUAAAGGCUCCUGCUGCAAUCCAAUAAGGAGCUGAAGGAAAAUGGGAGUAGUAGUAUGGGAAUAGGCAGAUGAACAUACAUGUAUUAGACUAGAGUUGUCAUCACGUGAAGCAGUGAGGGGG